CAUGCCUUGCACCAAUCCCACCACCAUUCGGGCAAGCUGGGCAUGGGACAUCAGGAGUACCUGGGCACCAUGGGCCGGCUCUCGCACUUCCAGAGCUACACGCUUGGCGGCGGGCAGAGCGGCAGCUUCAAACACCCUUUUGCCAUCGAGAGCCUGAUUGGCCGAGACUAUAAAGGAGUGAUGGCCAGUGGGUUGCCCAUCGCCUCGGUCAUGCAUCACCUCGGGUAUCCCGUGCCCGCUCAGCUGGGCAGCAUGGUCAACUCCGUGUGGCCACAUGUGGGCAUGCUGUCUGAGCCGGUGUCAUCAGACUACCCACCAUUCAACGUGGCGGUCAAGGGGCUGUACCAUCAUCACCCGGGAACCCAA